AUGUUGGCCAAUGCCAAGUUAAUUGUUAGCUUAAUCAAGAGAAUAGAAGUGCGAUUACCUAUCAAUAAUACUGGCAAGACAAUAGAGAGCUUAGAACAAGAUGCACUAACACAACAAACAGUGGCUGCGAUUAUUGAGUUAUCAAUUCAUAAAUUAUCUGUCGUCGUGAAUCAGCUUGCCCUUGUAUUAGAGUUAAUAUCCAAGAACGUUCAACCUUCUACUACCAAUGAUGCUUAUGUCCCACUUGACGUACUCCAAUCUCAGCUCUUUGUUAUUCGACUUUUAUCCGCUUGUUUACAGUAUCACUGGACAUGGUAUAGGAAACACAUAGUCAAAGUAUCUCAAGAAACAAACACCACCGAAGAAGCAGCAGCAGCAGCAGCAGCUACAGGUGCUUAUACCGAUGUUGCGCCAGGUGCGCCCAAGGAUGUUCUCUCACUAGAUCCACCACCACUUGAUGAAGCUCUAGUCUCGUUCCUGCUCAAUCUAAUGGGACGUUUUCUAAACCAGCUACAUGUUAUUGAAGAACGUAGUGAUCAACUAUCGAUAUCAGCAACAGAGCAUUCGAACGAGGCUGUAGCUAAUGCAUCCAAGGUAGAUACCCAAACGAUGGAAUACAUACGUGAAGUCUAUCAUACGUCAGGAAAGGUGCUCUACUAUAUCAGUUCCAGUAAUUGGAAUUCAUUUUAUGCAAAGAUAAAAAACGCUGUCAACGCGUUGGCAGCCGCAAACGAAAGCUCUGAACUCAAUCCUCCCGAGAUUAGAAUCCUUUCGUUCGCAAGUCUGACCAUCCAAAAGCUACAUUCAAUCCUGACAGAAUUCAGUCCGUAUUUUUUAAACAUGAAAAUUCAAGGCAAGUUAUUAUUCGCAAAGAUGCUGAGAAUUGCCAUCUGGAAAUGGAUCGAGACGAAACCUUCUCAGUUUGCUGAGAUUUGUACGACAAAUCGACAGGCUCUAGCAGGGUCGGAAAUUCUUUUCGACAUGUGUAAUAUAGCGGCAGAUAGCUCGCGUAAGAAGGCAGUCUUGUGGCCACUGCAGACCAUUCUGUUGACUUUAUCUCCUGAUCUUUUGAUACAAGCAUUUUUGGAUGACCGAGGCUUACAAAAUCGAAGGACUGGCUUUCCUCGUCAAUUAAGAAAAGCAUUGGAAUCAGUCAGGACACAGGAAAUUGCCGCAACGUGUUACGUUGAUUUAUACAAGGCUGCAUCUUUCAUUGCACCUAACGAAGACACAAUACUCCGACAUAUUGCAGAGGACGUGGAAGGUGUAUUGUAUGAAAAAGUUUGGGAUUUUAGCCGUUCAUCUGCGGUAGAUACACUUUCUUCGAGCUUGGGAUACACCGUCAGUCAGAAAAGCCUGGUAUCAGAUUAUUUCUUGGCACAGCUACGGCUCAAUCCUACAAAAGCACUCCAUACGCUUGUGCCCACCUUAUUGGAUGAUGAUGUCCCCACUGUCUUUAAACAGGCAUUUGUUAAUGCAUGUUUGACCAUUGCUUCAGAGGAAAAGACGUUACCAUGGCAUCCAACAUUAAAAUCAAUGUAUGAAUCGAUCUGUACUCCUCUCAGACGCAUUUUCAUUCAUACAGUCAAAGUCGAACUUUGUUCAAAAUCUGAAAUGUCUAGCGUGACCUCUGGGUCUAAAAAGACAGUGAGCGCCGAUAAAAAACUGCAGAACACGACAGGACUAGUUCAAAGCUUAUUGAAAUUAUUUCGAAUAGACCCUUAUUGCGCAUUACUGGGAAAUGAUGACAAGGUGAGGGUAGAGGAAAACACGAUGCUGAUAACGUCUAUAACCAGCUUGAUGAAACAUCAAGAUAAACGUGUACAACGUGCUGCAGUCGACUGCUUAAUCCAGUUACACGAUCCUUCAAUAAUUGUCCAUUGGGGUCCAACAAAUACUAUAAUGACCAAUUUUUGGAAAAUUUCUUCUCAAGCGGUCAUCUCUAUUGCACGCCAAAUAUUAGAUACCACCAGACAGGACGAAGAAUCGCUAAGGACUCUUUUAGAUUUGCUUGCCAAUAUUUUAGACUCGAGAAAUUCCUUCGUGAUUGAUGUUUCGGAAACUUCUGCUGCGCAAGAGUUAUUCGACGCUCAUGAUCGGCAUCAGACAAUGGUUACACUAGAAGUUGCUUUACUGGUAUCAUUAUGUUCACCUCUUCCUGAGAUAUGCUCCAAAGCAAUUAAAUGCUUGGGAUACAUGUGUAAAGAAGCAAAGAUUGUAGAUGAAGACAAUUUGUUCAUGGAGUCAUCUUCAAGAAAUAGUCAAAGCGUUCUUGCGUUCAACUACAAUCUUGACAUCUAUGACGGUCUCUAUUCGGAGGAACCGAUCAUGAAAGGCACACGUAAACAACUAUUUGUGGGCAGAAAGGCGCAACAGAAAAGAGUGAGAAAGUAUCUGAGAAUGAUGACAGUACCAACACCAGGCUGUCUUAUGGCCUGGGAGGAAGUGUGGAAGAGGUGGAAAAUCUUGACGCAGGUGGUUAGUCGUUAUGGUAUAGAUACGCUGAAAGAUUUGAACGACAAUGUCAUCGUAUCCUCUACAGCCUCUACCUCCGUCAAAAAGAUCGGUGGCCUUGUUAGACAUGACAAGCUAAGAGUGGCAUCUGUUAAAACACCUGCAGCUACCGCAAGUACCUCACUGACUUCUCCUCAGCCAAUCACUCGGAUAGAAAUAGACGACGAAAAACAAACAGAAUGGCAAAAUUACACUGGGUUCCUGGCUGCAUUAGGAGGAAGUCGGCUGUCAAGCGAUGCUGAUGAUGAUAGUCUUCAAGACGAUAAAAAAAGCAAGUCUUCUUCGACAGAUCGCAUAGGAUCGCCUGUGAAAGCAACUGUAUUAGUCGAGAAAUUCAUUACAGAAAUGAUUGAACUUUUAACAUCAGAAAAUGUGGUUAUCCGGGAAGCAGCCAAGGACACUCUCGGCAGUGAUCUCUCUCCAUCCUUGUAUGCCAUCCUCUUCCGUCAGCUAGAGACGACAAUGAGCACUUGUUUUAGUUCUAACGGGGAGGUACUGUGUGAUAGUGCAAACACAUUGUUCGUGGAGCAAGCGGUUUUAGUCUUGAAGAUGAUAUUGGAUAGAUUGACAGACGCAACGGAUUGUUUACUCAGUGUUGACUUUAGCACGCUUGUGCUUAGUUUUGCUAAUUAUAUCAACCGGUUGCCACACGACAACUAUACAACUAUGCGCACUAUGAUUAUGAUGUGUCAUCUGACAGAAGUGCUGAUGAUGAAGAAGGAGCAAGUGAUCAUACGAGACGAUGUCCGACUAAGGAAUAAUGACUUCAACUUGCGUAUUGUAAACAGUCAAACGGUUGAAUCGACAAGUUUUCAAAACAAGGAAGUUCAGCGUGAUCUCGAUCAAGUCUGUUUGAAAGCCAUUGUAGCUCUUUUAGACAAACUCCCUUUACAACCAUCAGAGCAAUUACGUGAUACAGACAGAGCACUCAGCAAAAACCGGUUGUUUCAAAAGUACUUUACUUUCUUUACUCAGUUGUUAGAUAGAUGUCAUCGACAUGAGAUUGAAAGUGCUAUGACAGGAAACAUCAUUGGUCCAUCCAACUUGCUAUCCAAGAACAACUUCUUGGUGAAACCACCAGACACAUAUUGGGGCCCACUUAAAGAGUCGGCCGUGAAUGCGAUUUCUAAUUUACUAAGUGCAAAUGUAGAAGUUGGAUUGAAAUCAACAUUAGCCAUGGGUUAUCAUGAGGAUUCGAGAACAAGAACUGCCUUUAUGCAAGUUUUGGCUAAUAUUCUUAAUCAGGGAGCUCAGUUUGAUACACUGGCAGAAACGAUCAUGAAUGAUCGCUAUGAGAAAUUGGUCGAGACACUGGUCGAAUCAGAUAUUGAGGUUGCUUUAUCCCUUUGUGACGUGUGUCCAGCAGCUGAUGCCACUGGUGUAGCAGAGGUCUUGUUGACUGCAUUUGACUCGAGAAAUAAGAUAAUGGAUCUUUUAAAAGCUGUUAUCCAGAAAGAAGUUAACUCUGCUGAGCAAGAGUCGACUCUAUUCCGUGGAACUAAUAUGGCGUCCAGAAUACUAUCUACAUUUGCACGAGAAAAUUGUGUAGACUACGUCAGAACCACUCUACAGCCUGCAUUGGAAAAGAUCAAUGCGAUACCCGACGAUGAACUCACCUAUGAAAUGGACCCAUUGAAAGAGACAUCCCAGGAAAUGAUUGCCAGAAACAAACAAAAUGUUUGUAGAGUAGCAGAGAUUUUAUUAGAUGCCAUCUGCAGUUCUGCAGCGUCUGCUCCUAGAAUAUUUCGUCGAGAACUUGCUUAUCUUGCAGAAACCGUCAACAAGAGAUUCCCAGAUGCAGCCAAGACACAAGUAGGAGGCUUUGUAUUCUUAAGACUGUUCAAUCCUGCCAUCUUGACUCCAGAAAACUCUGGUCUUCCCAAGCAAGCAAUACCAAGAUGCAAAAAUGUCCGAAAGAUUCUGCUACAGGCAACUCGUUUGAUGCAAAAUCUAGCCAACAAUGUCAUGUUUGGUGCCAAAGAGCCACACCUGAUCUCACUCAACGAUUUCAUUACCAAUAACCUCUACAGAGUUGCCAGUUUCCUUCGUGAGAUAUCUACCACUCAGAAAGCGGAUAAAGAAGAGAUUCGAACUGUGUAUAUGGACGACUUAGCCUACACAAAGCUUCACAGAUACUUGUCUGAAAAUCUUGAAAGACUGUCCCGUGAAGCGGCUGGACGUCGUUCUCGCUACACAGAUACUCAAAAGAUUUUAGAACUCAAACACACGAUGGAGAAGUUUUCGAAUCUUCUUGGUCAAUUGGGACCACCUCCUGACACACCACAAGCAGAAGUGACGAUGGUACGAAACUAUGCACUUGUCAAUAACAAUUCACACUAUAAUGAAUUUAUGCGUCGAAACAAGCAUCGUGACUUGAAUGGCAUUCGAUCGUUGAAUAUCUUCUACCAAGGUGGUGUUUCUAGAGGUGGACGUCCUAUAUUUUACCUGAUUGCUCGUCAUGUUCCUGCAGAGACAAUGGAUUUUGAACUGCUGAUUUAUUACAUGCUAAGAGUUAUGGAACCUUGUCUUAGUCAACCCUUUGAGUUGCUGUUUGACCUUUCACGCUUUUCAGAAGGGAUUGAGAUUCCUAUCCAUUGGUUGAACCAGUUCUUCCAGCUCAUAUUUAACGAAUUGAAUGAUUACUUGACGGCGCUGUAUUUAUAUAACCCCAACUUUUAUUUGCAGCGAUAUAUUCGUAAAUUACCUCGUGUAUUGACAAACAAGCUAGUGAAACGUACACGCUUUUCUAUUACCAUCAAUGAACUAUCGCAAUACAUUGCACCGUCCGAGAUUCGAUUGCCUAAAGAGACAUAUGAAAUGGAAAAGGAGAUUGGAAUGACAAUCAAUAAUGCAUCCGUCAUAAGUACUUACAAGUCCAUGAUACCUGUACAAGUCAAGAUUGGAGCAGAAUAUUUCCAAGUGACAACGUUACGCGAGCAAGAAAUAUUCUGGAGUUUGAAUACAAUCUUAAAUAAUGUCUACAGCAUGACUGACAUUUUGGACAUCUAUUUACCUCCUUUACCACCUAACAAAAAGACCAACAACGAAGGUGAAAUUCAUAUCACUACUGAUAAUGGAAAAUCAACCAUGGUAUUAGUGGUUCCUAACCGUGAAGAAGUGUACAAGUACCUUUUGGCUCGUAAAAAGAAUUUCGAGACGCAUAUCACAGAAGAAGGCAGCGGCAUCCGUCCCACAGACGUACCUGGUCGUAUCUUAAACAUGGCUUUACUUAACCUUGGAAGCGAUGAUCACAGUUUACGACUGACUGCUUACAGCCUGCUGCAUUCUCUUUGUCUUGCCUUUAGAUUUAGCGUUGGCAAUCAGCUCAUGUAUGCUAAAGAUCUAUGUAUUCCGUACAACGAUGUAGAUUUUAUCAUCAGCAUCAGUGAAAGCGUAGCUUCGAGUGAGACACAUCUGACACUAGAGUUUUUGAAUGAAUGUGUUAUUGGAUUCAAUCGAUCCAGUGCAGAACCUGUAAGACAGCUUUUGACACUAGAGUAUAUGGUACCAUGGCUGAAGAACCUUGGAUUUUUCAUAUAUGGAACAAAUGGAAAGGAUAUCAACAAGAUCAAAGAUCUGAUUCGUUCCUUAAUCACCAUAACAGCCGAAAAGCCAAAGUUGUACGAACAAAUUCAAAGAAAAGUGUGGAAGACGUUGAGUGAAAUAGAAGAAGUGCAUAAUUUGAUCAUUGAUUGUCUUAUUCAAUACUCUGUCGAGAAUGGAGUUGGAUCAUCUCAAGCAGAGGUUGUAGCUAAUACUCUUGUGACGAUGAACAACAAUAGUAUUCGAGGCAAGAUCGUCUCUCGCAUGCGAAGAGCACUCCAGAGUACGUCUUACAACUGUCGACAGACACUCGUCAGACAUUCUGCAUGGAAUGAAAUAGCAUGUCUUGCGCGAUGCAUGGUGACUCUUUCAUUUUAUUACACAAGUGUUAGCAAACCCUAUGUUGCCGAAUGCUUUCAUAUUGUUGCUCUCUUAGUAUCCACAGGGCCAACUUUGAUACGUUCUUCUAUUCAUGGCUUUGUUGUCAAUGCCAUCCAUACCCUAGUGACCUCAGAACACGUUCCGGCUCAUAACCGCAAGAAGCUCAAGUUCCUCAUGGAUGAUGUAGGGGAUGGCAAGUACCGUGUUCAUUUUGGAUUAAGCAAGUCGUACGCGAAUGCUUUUACCAUUACGGACGAAACCUUGACAGAUGAUAUAGAGAAUAUUAGUCUUGCUUCACUUGAAGUCAUUGUACAGUUACUGUUGGAAGCAACUACAUAUGCAGCUCCUACCAUAGACGUCGCGAAUGCUUGGCGCGCUCGCUGGAUGAGUUUAGCUACCAGUAUGACGUUCCAAUUCAAUCCCGCGCUACAGCCUCGAUCAUUCGUUAUCCUUGGUUGCCUUGCACAGGACGAAAUUGAUGACGAUCUCUUGUUCCAGAUAUUGGUCGUACUUCGUAAUGAGCUUGCACGAUUUGAUGAAGGCAACCCACAGCUGGUUAUUAGCAUACUCAUGUGUCUUCGAAAUAUCAUUGACAACCUAUCUGCUGGCUCAAGGUACCUAAAGCCCAUGUUUUGGCUCGCGGUUGCUCUCAUUCAGAUGAAUCAUACAGUCAUAUUCCCUUAUGCUGUCAAGUUAUUACAUGCAGUACUACGUACGAUGGAUGCGCACAAGUACUUUGACCAUCGAUCGGUUGAAGAUGUCUUGAUGGAGGCGCGUGGACCGUUCUCAAGUGUCCUCUUGGACAUUGACGCUGCAUCUGGUCUCAGCUUUGACACUCAGUUCUCGUUUGCCAUCGCAGGUGCACUGCUCAAGGGCUACCGCUUCUCGGAUGCCAGAGAAAUGAUCUUUAUGUGCCUGACGACAUUCCUAGAGACAGAAACAAAGAUCGGCUUUACACCCAACCGAAUCGACGCUCGUUGCCUUGGGUACCUUGCUGGUUUACUACCGUUUGCGGCUAAAAAUGACGCGCUUCGAGAGUUGUUGACGCUGGCUGGUAUCAUUGAUAUUGACAUUGACGCGCAAACUUCGCCUUCAGAUGUAUAUGCUGUCAUAUGGCGCGCUAUAGAUAUCCCCAAUAACACCACAGGUAUCCUCUUGGUAUCCUUUUUGGUUGGCAUGCUCAGUCUUGCCGAGAAUGAAGCAGAAAGACUGUUCCUGUACGGAUUCCUUUCGAGAGCGGCUGUGUCUACACCAGAGGUGUUUGCCCUUGUCUAUGAAUCACUCAUACCCAAGAUGAACUCGAUUGUUGUAUCAAGUGAAAAUGUAGCACUGAUCGAAGCAGUUAAGGAGAUUCUUAUUACAGCAUGUUCCGAACCGGCAUUCAACUCUAUGGAAAGAAUGAAUCAUCAAAAGCUUUACUUAGAAAGUAUAGGAUUUGAUGCCUUUGGAGAAGUCAAUUUUGGAAGUAUGAAUACAUCAACAGCCAUAAGCGCAAGAUUAACUAGUGAACUUUUACGAAUGAUAUGUGAAUAGUCCAUAACACUGUUUUAUAGCCCCUCCCCCUUCCCUUUCUUUAUUUCUGACUUUUUUUUGUUGUAAUUUAUGCCCUUUUUUUAUAUAAUGACUCAAUUUUCUUUUUUUCUUUAUAAUAAAUCACAAUAAUAAUAAUAAUAAU